AUGUCACAGCUGCGGGCCCUUCAGCAGACCCUGUUGAUCCGUUGCGCCGCCGCGCGGGGUCGUUGCCUGGCCGUUGCCACGGACGCGAUGGCGGCCGGCGGGAUGAUGGCGGCGGCAGCGGCAGCCGGCCCCCCUCCGCCGCCGUUCCGCACCUACGAGGAGUACCUGGACUCGCAGUUGACGGCGCGGGACCUGCAGUACCUGGAGAGCGAGGCGGUGGGGAGGCAGCUGGUGGAGCUGGGCUUCCGCGGCGCCGGGGACGCGCUGCCACGGCAGGAGUUCGAGGCCCGGGCGGCGGUGGGGCUGACGGCGGCGGCCCCCCCCCAGAAGUCACUAGCAAGUGUAGGAAAAGAACUGAAAGAUAACUUUUUGCGGGCCCUGGCAGAAAGAGAGGAAGCCAAUCGUACUGGAAGAAUUUCUUCCAUAAUCUUCAUUCGUGACCGAAAUUCUCGUUGCCAGGAGGUGUCCGCAUACAUCGACUAUGCACACAGACUGACAACAGAUGAUUUUGAAGUUUACUUCAGUGGGAAGAAGAGACUUUUCCCUCGCAAUACUGAUCUGAGCUUUUACAACUGGGAUAGAAAUGUCAGCACUUCAAAUUCCAGCCCAAAUUACCAAGUGAUUGCAGAAAACGCCUGUGGACUGCUCUUCAAGAACAAAAGUGAUAGGAAAAUAAUAAAUGUGGAUCCCAAGGCCUACCCAGGAGACAACACAACACGGACGCCUGUUGAAACAGAUCUCUAUCUCCAUGUUGUUAUCUAUGACCAUAUCGUCAGAAGAGGGACCUAAGGUCCACCUGUGUGGCUCUUCUCCCAAUGAUUUGUUUAGCUAUUUUAAAGUCUUCUGCAAGAAAAACAGUUGAAAGAUCUUUACCUUGUGUUCAGGGGUAGGAAGGGGGAUUUUUAUACUGGUUUAGAGUUGGUUUGCGCCUCGCUCCUUGAGGGAAGUGAAGUGGAAGGAAGACCCCAUAGUGGCUGUAGCGUCCAUGUAUCUGGGCCCCUUGUGAAGUCCAUGGGGUAUGUGAAUUGCAAAAGCACCUAAAGGGAAGACAGAAGGUUUGGACCCAACUUUUCCCACUACUCCUAAGGCAGCAGGGCGGCUGGGACAGAGGUGCCGCAUUCUUUCCUGCAGUAAAGAAAAGAAACUACUGUCCCGUAGUUCCCCAGCAA